AUGCGGCCCUCUUUUGUCCUCCGUGCCUCUCUGAUGGGCCUCGCCUCGGCCGUCACAGAGAGCUACAAUGGCCAGUAUGUGGACGACUGUCCCCGUCUGUGUGCUGACGCCGGUCCCAGCCCGGCCAACUGGACUCACCUCCACCAUCUCCGCAACCUCGAGCGCUGUGAUCAAACGGUCCUCUUUGGUAUGAACGUCCAUAGCUCUGUCGCCGAUCCAAACACCAUCCUCACCAUCCGCGCCUGCGUGGCCAGCCAGGGCCAGACGUACGAGCCUGCCGCCCCCCCCGAUGUGCCUCAGCAGCAACGCCCACGCAACCUCGCUGUCGCUGAAAACUGCGGCGCCAAGGCAAUCCAGACAGCUUUCACUCCCCAUGUUGGCCCUUCGACGCUUCUCAAAGCGUCUGGCGCGGCUCCGCAGUCGGCUGAUGUGGCCGAGGCUGCUCGCCAACUUGCCUUGUUCGUGGGCCAGAGCGCCGAGUGCGGCGCCACCAUCUUGUUCGCCAAGCACAAGUCGGCCGUCGUGGGCUUGUAUUCUGGUGCCCAAAUCACCAAACAUGCCGCGCAAGGCGUUCUCGAUUCAUAUGCGGGAAAGCAGACUUCGGUCCUGCACAUCUGCCAGCCUGCAAGUGCAGCCCUGACUGUCGGAGUGGUUUCAACAGGGUUUGUUGAUCUGGCCGCGGCUCAAGAAGCCGUCAAAAGCUGGAGCAAUGGCCUCUGCCUUGACAGGACCACGCCCGCGACCGCCGUCAGCAUGGACGUGCUCGUGCCCACCAUGGAUACCGGGUUCAAUGCGACUCGCGCCGGCCACGGCAACCUCACUGCCAGCUCCCGCGCAGGCACCAUGCUAGACGUGCGCCCUCAGGCCCAGCCCGACGGCACCUGUAACACAUAUACCGUCAAGGAUGACGACGGGUGUUGGGCCCUGGCCCAGGCGUACCACCUGCAAGAGAAAGACAUUGAAGACUUCAACAAAAACACCUGGGGCUGGGCCGGCUGUGGGAACUUGCAGAGUGGCCAACUCAUCUGCCUCAGCAAGGGAAACCCCCCUAUGCCGGCGCCGAUCCCCGACGCCAUCUGCGGCCCACAGGUGCCGGGGACCCAGAGGCCUUCCAACGGCACCGCAUUGGCGGAUCUGAAUCCCUGUCCCCUGAACGCAUGCUGCGAUGUCUGGGGCUUUUGCGGCACGACGGCCGACUUCUGCACCGAGACGCCCGCGGACACUGGCGCCCCCGGGACCGCAAAGCCAGACACCAACGGCUGCAUCUCCAACUGCGGGAUGGAGAUUGUCAACAACGGCAAUGCCCCCGCCCAGGUCAAGACCAUCGGCUACUUCGAGGCGUUCGACCAGCUGAGGGCGUGUCUGCGCAUGAGCGUCGAUGAGAUCCCGGCCCAGAAGUACUCGCACGUCCACUUUGCCUUUGCCACGGUCACACCCGGUUUCGACGUGGACACCUCCAGCGUCGAGGACGAGUUCAGACGAUUCGUGAAGAGGACCGGCUUCAAGAAGAUCCUCUCCUUUGGCGGCUGGGCGUUUUCCACCGACCCGAGCACCUUCCAGCGCUUCAGAGAUGCCACCAAGCCGGAGCACCGCGACACCUUUGUCACGAACCUGGUGAGCUUCAUGAGCCGCCACAACCUGGAUGGCUUCGACUUUGACUGGGAGUACCCGGGUGCACCGGACAUUCCGGACAUCACGCCCGGAAGCCCGGACGAAGGCCAGAAUUACCUGGCUUUCCUGCAGCGGCUCCGAAGCAAGCUGCCGAGCGGGAAAUCCCUAUCCAUUGCGCUGCCGGCUUCUUACUGGUACCUGAAGCAGUAUCCUGUCAAGCAGAUGGCCAAAUAUGUGGAUUACUUUAUCUACAUGACGUAUGACUUGCACGGCCAAUGGGAUGUCGACAACCAAUGGGCCAUUCCCGGCUGCCCAGCCGGCAACUGUCUUCGAUCCCACGUCAACAAGACCGAGACGCACGAUGCCUUGGUCAUGAUCACCAAAGCCGGCGUGGAAGCCCGGCAGUUAGUCGUUGGCGUCACCAGUUACGGCCGAAGUUUCCGCAUGAACGAUGCGUCCUGCUCCGGCCCCUUUUGCACCUAUGCCGGAGAUCGGACUCACUCCAUGGCCUCUGCCGCCCCGUGUACGGCCACGGGGGGCUACAUUGCCAACGCCGAGAUCCACGACAUCCUCCAGAGCCACGGCAACUACUCCAUCGUCAAGGCGUACGUCGACAAGGAGUCGGACUCGAAUAUUCUCCUGUACGGGAACCCCGGAGCGGUGGAUUGGGUGGCCUACAUGGACGGCGCCGUCAAGGCCCGCCGCAUCGACUGGAUCAAGAGCCUCAACUUUGGGGGUUCGACCGACUGGGCCAUUGACCUCCAAGCGUACUCGGACAAUGAGAACGGCGACGACAGCGACGACGGCGACGGCGACGGCGCCGACGACGAAGCCGGCGACGACAUUCCCACCUGCCGCGCCGACCAGAACCCCGGCGCCCUGGACGGUCUCGCGGAUACGGCCGACUCUCUCGACCCCGGGUGUGUCAACCUCUUCGCGAUGGACAUUCUCUACGCGCAGCUCCUCGACAGCCUGUCGCUGUUUCAGACCAACUCGCAAGACUACGACGACAAGUUCGGCUGGUACGAGAAGUGGACCAAGGAGCAGAUCCAGCCGCGCAUCGACGACUUCAUGAAGCUGGGCGAGGGCGCCGGGCUCAAGUACUUUGACUGCUACUGGGCAUACACCGGCCGCGAUGAGACGAAAGAUUCCUGCCUCGGCAUGCCGCACAUCUGGGACACGUCCGCCGGGUGGACCAUCCGCUUCGACCUCGUCGACAACCAGGGCUUCUUUGACGCGCUCGCCGCCGAGACGGGCAUCGACGCGUCGUGGGUGACGUUUGGCGACGAAACGUCCGACUACGUCUGCGCGGAUCCGGGCGACGUACGACCGGGCCUCGGCCAUGUGCCCUGCCGGAAACUCUACUGCCAGAAGCUGAACUACCCGCAGAAGGCCUCCGAUGAUGCGAUCCACGUCGGCAACCCGAAGAAGCUCAUCGAGGCGUCCCUGGGCAACGUCACCGCUCUGCGCACGUCGCUCCUCUCGUCCUACCUCAGCGUGGGGCUGUCCUUCUACGACGACGGGCCCAACGAUGGCGCGGCCUCCGACGCGGUCGUCGCCUACUCCAUGCCCGUCCUGCAACUCGCCGAGGCCGUCAGCAGCAUGAAGGACAUUAAAGACAUCGGCGAAAAGGCCAAGGAGGAAGCAAAGAAGCAACUCAUCUUCAAGAUCCUCAGCAUCGUCUUCAUGGUCCUCCCCUUUGUCGGGGAGGCCCUCGGCCCCCUGAUCGGCAGCGCCGCGUCCAUCGCUCGCAUUGCGCUCCUCAUCGGCGAAGCGGGCAACGGGGCGCUGACGGUGGCCGACAUCAUCGAGAGGACCCGUCGUCCGCGCCGUUUGCGAUCCUGGGGCUGA